CUCUCCAUGUACGCAGUGUGUUCUGUGAGUGAGUGGAGAAGGCUAGGGAGGGAGAUCGAUCAGCUACAUUCAGGAGUGAGUAAAGGUUAAGGAAUACUGAAAUGGAGGUGUGUAAUCCUAAGGGAGGGAGAACAGCUGCUCCUGCAUUCCCAACAAUGCUGCUGAUGAUCAUGAUGCUCCUUAACGCAUAUUGUUGUGGUACUGCUGUCCUUGUUAAGAGCAACAUCAGUUUCCAAUGCAACGGUGACCGCCUCGAUGAAUGCCUGAUCAAGGAGGAAUUGGAGUUGGAGUUGGGGUUCUUGAUGAACCCCUACGUAAGCCGGAUCCUAGGUGGUCAAGGUAAAGACCCUCAGACCGACAAUCGUAAUAAACCAGCCUUUAAUGAGCCUUGUGGGAAAUCUGGAGACCCUCAAUAUGAUACCUGUACUUUCAUAUGGGCCGAUUCUCUAAUAUGUGGUGAUUGUGGCUAG